CAUUUGGCGGGUUUUAAGAAACGGCUUCCCGGAGUCGGAGCGGGAGAGUGUCUGAGACAAAGGCUCUGUCGGAUGUAUGAGCAGCGGUUCAGGCAGUUUUUUGUUAUUUUAUUUCUUUUUUUAAAAAAAAGAAGUCAUAACUUUUUCUAGUGUGUCCCGCUUGAUGGUGGUCGACCCCCAGGCGAUAGUGAGCCUGAGGUAAUGGAAGUCCUUGUGGGCCUCUCUCCCCUCCCCAUGGCACAGCAGACUUUGUGUAGUGAAGAAUUGGAUGACCCCUCACAGGAUUUGGAUUUCGAUAUUCCAGACAAUAAAGAUGCAAAUAAGUUCUUCAAAGUCAAAUGGUCUUCGGAAGAGGAUGAAAAAUUGAAGAAGCUGGUAAAUCAAUAUGGCAAAAAUGACUGGAGAUUUAUAGCAAGUAAUUUUUCUAACCGAACUGAUCUUCAGUGCCAACACCGAUGGCUGAAGGUUCUGAAUCCAGAGCUUGUGAAAGGACCGUGGACAAAGGAAGAAGAUCAGAAGGUAAUUGAAUUAGUUCAGAAACAUGGGCCAAAACGUUGGUCAUUGAUUGCAAGACAUCUAAAAGGUAGACUUGGCAAACAAUGCCGUGAGCGCUGGCACAAUCAUCUCAACCCUGAGGUUAAGAAGUCAUCUUGGACUAAAGAGGAGGACAAGAUUAUUUAUGAAGCACACAAGGUCCUUGGUAACCGCUGGGCAGAGAUUGCAAAACUGCUACCAGGGAGAACAGACAAUGCUGUAAAAAAUCACUGGAACUCGACAUUGAAAAGGAAGGUAGAGGUUGAAGGCUACUUACAAGAUGGUAACCAGGAUAUGCCAAUGUUUUUAUUUGCUCAUUCGGAGGAUGGUGAAAUACAGUGUUUCAGGACCAAACUGACUCAGACAUCUUCAAAACAUGAACCUGUUUCUGUAGAACCAGUUCCACAGCAGCCAUCUGUUACUAUAAAGCAGGAGGACAGUGUUGCCAGCUGGCUAGGCAAUAUUCUCGCGGAUAACACAUUACCUAGUGAUCAUGGACAAUCGGGCAUUUCUGAAACUCCGCAAGAUCAGUCGAUUUCUGAUCAAUCCCAGGAACCUAAUCAGUCUGUAGAAGAGGGGUCUGGCAGCAUGUUUCUGAUUGUAGAUUCUGGGACAAUAUUUUCUCCGCAGUCAGCUCCUGAAUUCUCUGAGCCUCUGGAGCUAAUCAAAUGUGAUCCAGAUACAUGGUCUGACCUGUCUUGCUUUGAUUUACCGGAGGAUCUAAUCAAACAGACCCCUGAUAAGAAGUCACAGCAGACUUUGACAGAAUAUCGCAUUGAUGCACAUACCAUCUCCGACCUAAGCAAAAGUGCCAAGAAGGGUGAACUCAUACCCAUGAUCACCUCGCCAGUUGCAGGAAGCUUUAGUACACCACCGACAAUCCUGAGGCGCAAGAAAAAAACAAAAAUUACACUUUCACCUGUCAAUGACAGUUGUGGGAAUAGCUUUGCUAUUUUUGAAAGCAGUACCAGCAGCAGCAUGACUCCAAAAAGUACUCCAGUGAAGACAUUGCCUUUCUCACCAUCACAGUUUUUAAACUUCUGGACCAAACAAGAUAAUCUUGAUCUUGAAAAUCCAUCUCUUACCUCAACCCCAGUUUGUAGCCAGAAAAUCAUAGUUACAGCUCCACUCCAACGAGACUAUACACCCAAAGUUCAAAAAGAGAACUCUGUUUUUCGAACACCCAGAAGUCGAAGGUCUCUUUUAGACAGUACACCAAGAACACCUACUCCUUUCAAAAAUGGGCUGGAAAAAUAUGGAGCAGCAAAACCUCGGUAUCCUGUGUCUCAAAUUGAGGAGGAACUAAAAGAUGGUUUGAAGAAUGUUUUGCAGGAAGAGGAAGUUCAGUUAGCAAAACGAAAGCAGCAUGGGCUACACAGACCUCUUAUGAAGAAAGUGCGGAAGUCCUUGGCUUUGGAUAUUGUGGAAAAGGAUGGGGGUAAAACAAAUCAGCCUGUUUUCAGCACCCUCAGCAUAACCAAACAGCAGACAAAAGAUUCUUUAUCAAAGUCUUUGAACAGCUCUUCAAGUAAAAAUGAUACUUUGAACAGAGGUUUUAUUAUACCCAAUAAAGAGACUAGUUUUUCAUUCAAGCCUUCUAAACCAGAAACUCCAAAAUGGAUGAGUAGUGCUUGGGAAACAGUAGCCUAUGGAAGAACAAAAGAUCAGCUUAUAAUGACUGAGAAAGCCAGAAAGUACUUAAAGGCAUUCAAAACAACUCACACAUCUAGGACUUUGAUUUUAUAAUGUGUCCAACAGCUUUGAACAUUGUGCUUGGAUGACUCUUUCAAUGGAAAGAUUUAGUUUGUGGAACACAAACUAAACAAUCAUGGAUUUAUAAAACUGAUGCUUCAGCAAUUUAUUUUUUUGAGUCAAAACAGUAUAUCAUAGUGGAGGGCAAUAUUGUCCUAUCUGAGAACAACUAAUUUUGUAAAGCCAAUUUACAUGCUGCAUUACUGGUUUGGAAACUUCAAGUCAUAAGAACAUGACCGAUUGUAGACUUUACCUUUAUAACAAAAAAUUAUUAAUUUAAUAACCAUCUAACUUUUUUCACUGGAAAGCUUCAAAGUGGAACAGUUACUUGCACCGACAAAAUUGUGCUUAGGUAAUUGAGAAGAGUUCUCUGACAAAUGUGAUAAGACAUUAUUAAUGUAACUAUGUUCAAUUAGCUCUUCAAAUUGAAGUGCACUUUUUGUUGCUUGUAGCAUAAAAUCAAGAGUGAAAGCUCUUAUUUGUUCCAACAACAGCAUGAGUUAAGUUUGCUUCUCCAGUUGCAAUAUUCUCAUAUUAUAGCUCUGGCAUGACAAAAGAUGUGCAGUGUUUAAUGCAGAAGAAUGUUUUCACUGGAACAAAGCCACUGUUUAUAACUCAAAUACUAGUUAAUAUGACAGUCUGCUUCCAAGGUAACUCAGUUGAUCUUUCACAAAGUAUCGAUUUUAUCAUCAACUAAUCCUCCCAAGUCUGUUAUAAAGCUAGUUACCAUUAUUCAAAACACGAGUAGAAAACUUGUUCCAUUCUAUUUUUCAUAAUUUGCACCAUUCCAACAUUUAAGACUGAAAGUACUGAGCAUUGCUGGAAUGUGAUAAUUUGUCAUUUGAGAUCCUUCUGUCCCAUAUCAUUGGUCUCUGUUCCUGUCAGGGAAUUGAAGGUGAUCAUUUUAAAUCCUAAAAGCAGUAACUCCAAUGCCAAAGGAUGCACAACUGAUCAUUUAGGACUCUGAUAUAAAAUUUGAUAUGGUUACGAUAGAAAUUGUGGAAAAGUUGUCACAGUUCUCUCCCAGCUGUUGAGAUGCAAGAAUUUUGCCUAAACUGCAAUGAUGAGUUAUGCAUGAAAUUCUGAGAUAUAUUGCUCUGGCCUUCCGGGCCUCAGUUAUUAAUGUUGACUGUAGUAUGCAGAAGGAUGGAAUGCUUAAUAACCUAAUGACAUUAAUACUCAUCAAUUUCCAUCAGAAUCAAACAACUUAUGUUCUAACUAGAAGUCUUUUAUUCAAUUUCCCAACUUGUGUAAGGUCAUGUAACUGCGUGAUUUUUAUCCUAGCAAUGUUCCUUUUCCUGUCUCUUGUCACCUACCCAUCUCUCCCAUGUACAUAAGAUGCACAUAUUUAAUAUAAUUUUAUGUCAAUUUAGUCUCUACUUUCUCCAAAGAGCAACCUGCAUAUCUGUUAUAUCACUGGUACCUAAGUUAAGUUUGACCUUUAAGGUUCAAAAGGAAAGACAUUGAGUGAACCUUUGAAACUGCUGCAAACAAUCUGAAUCAUGUUUUGUAUGUUUAUUUCAACAUUCUUCUCAUGUAAAAUAGAUGGGAUAGAUUUGAGUUUCACAGUUGAUUAGAAUUUAAAUUGUUUUAAAUUAUUUUCCUUCCUGUCCUACCGAUUGGAAUUUCAACAUUGUUAAUUUAGUAGGUAGAAUGUAAAGCAGCCAGUUGCUCCCUUAUCUCCUGGAUAGAGAUUUUGGGAGUUUGCUUGUUUUUUUUACAGAAGAAGUGUUGAUAGUAGUAACAUAUGAACAUGUAUACUCAAUAAACUGCUUCAGUACAAUAGAGAGAAUUUUUAUUGAUAAUGUUAAUACCUUAUUUUGAUCAAGCCAAGUUUUCAUGGCUUGAAAGUCCAAUUGCACUUGGUUGAAAAAAUCCUUUGGACUAAGUAACCAGGUUAAAAACAUAAUAAGCGUUGAAAGGAUGUGAUUUUUAAACAAAAUGACAGUGUUAAAAAUAUUAGUUUUGUAAUCUGCACUCAUAUUUGCAGAUCAAUAAAAGAAUAGUAUUUUA